AUGGAGGAUGAGCUUGAUUAUGGUCCAUUUGAUGGUGAAAUCCCUGAAAGAUUGGAGGAAGAUGCCAGGAUAAAAGGCAGUAGUAGGAAUCUGAGAACUGAGGAUGCCGAAAAUCUUAUAACAUUUGAAAAGGAAAUAUCCCUCUAUCAAUGCAGUAUCCAAAAGGCUAUUAUGGUUACUGAUUCUCAUUUCCAUUUGGAUAAGAUGAAACAACAAGCCAGAUUUUCUGGCUUACCGAUCUACAAAUGGAAAGAUGGAGAAUCAGUAUACCAAAUAAGACAUCUGAUUGCUAAUUAUGCCUUCCCAAGACGCUGGACAACAAUAGAAGAGAUUGGAGAAAUCAGGAGAGAUCGACGUAUAAGAAGUACUGCUGGUAUACAUCCACGGAUAGUGAAGGGGGAGGAGAUGAGUGUACUGAGUUCAUGGAUUACCGAUUUAGAGAUGUUAAUCUGUGUGAACAGAAUGAUUGCAGUUGGAGAAUGUGGGUUAGACUCCUCUGAUAAACCAAAUAGCAAAGAACUCAAGAAACAGGUCCACGUAUUUGAGGAGCAGCUUAAACUAGCUAAGAGGCAACAUCUUCCUGUGGUGAUUCAUUGCAGGGGAGACAAGAAAAUAAUGAAUAUGUGCAGGGAUUCAUUAACCAAUUUCCUAGAGGAAGAUCAUCCAAUACAUUGGCAUUGUUUUAAUGGUGACACUGAAGAAUACAGACAAUGUAAAGCCAUGUUUCCUAACGGUAAAUUUGGUAUCUCUCCGUUCCUACUCAUGGAUAACAAGUAUCCAGGAUAUAGAGCAACCGUUUGUGAGAUGAAGUUGGAGGAUCUAGUUUUGGAGACCGAUUCACCCUAUCUUAAACCUCAAGGACACCAUGAGGCAUCUCCUGGACUACUUAAGGAAAUCAUCUGGAAGCUCGCAUCCAUGUUUCACGUACACUCCGAGGAAAUAGCUAGGGUGACAACUCGGAAUGCCAGUCAACUGUAUAAUAUAAAUUAA